GGUGGCUGGGGCCGAGUUGGGGGGCGGGACGCGCGGCGCUAUGGCCGAGGGCAGCGGGGAAGUAGUAGCAGUGCCCGCCACCGGGGCUGCUAACGGCCUCAACGAUGGGGCCGGCGGGCCCUCGGCGCAGACUAACAACCCGCUAUCGCGGAAACUGCGUAAGAUCCUGGACACACGGCUGGACAACGACAAGGAGAUGUUGGAAGCUCUCAAGGCACUCUCAACCUUUUUUGUUGAAAAUAGUUUGCGCACUCGAAGAAAUUUACGUGGAGAUAUUGAACGCAGAAGUUUAGCCAUCAAUGAAGAGUUUGUAAGCAUUUUCAAGGAAGUGAAGGAAGAACUUGAAAGCAUACAUGAAGAUGUUCAGGCAAUGAACAGCUGUUGUCAAGAUAUGACAUGUCGCCUACAGGCAGCAAAGGAACAGACUCAAGAUUUAAUAAUAAAAACCACUAAGCUUCAAGCUGAAAGUCAAACAUUAGAAAUAAGAGCGCAAGUUGCAGAUGCCUUCUUAUCCAAGUUCCAGCUGACUUCUGACGAAAUGAGUCUUCUCCGAGGUACAAGAGAAGGACCUAUCACUGAGGAUUUUUUCAAGGCAUUGGGAAGAGUAAAACAGAUUCAUAAUGAUGUCAAAGUUCUCUUGCGUACAAACCAACAAACAGCAGGUUUAGAAAUUAUGGAACAGAUGGCCUUGCUUCAAGAAACAUCUUAUGAAAGACUUUACCGGUGGGCUCAAAGUGAAUGCAGAGCAUUGACACAAGAAUCAUGUGACAUAUCUCCAGUACUGACUCAGGCAAUGGAAGCCCUGCAGGAUAGACCUGUCUUAUAUAAGUAUACCUUAGAUGAGUUUGGAACAGCUAGAAGAAGUACAGUUGUUCGUGGAUUUAUCGAUGCUCUUACAAGAGGGGGCCCAGGAGGUACACCUAGACCCAUUGAAAUGCACUCCCAUGACCCUUUGAGAUAUGUAGGAGAUAUGUUGGCUUGGCUCCAUCAGGCUACUGCUUCUGAAAAAGAGCACCUUGAAGCUCUCUUAAAGCAUGUAACUACACAAGGUGUUGAAGAAAAUAUUCAAGAAGUUGUUGGACAUAUUACUGAGGGUGUGUGCAGGCCCCUAAAGGUUCGAAUUGAACAAGUAAUAGUUGCUGAACCUGGGGCAGUUUUGUUAUAUAAAAUUUCUAACCUCCUCAAAUUUUAUCACCAUACAAUCAGUGGCAUUGUUGGAAAUAGUGCAACUACAUUGUUGACUACCAUUGAAGAAAUGCAUUUGCUGAGCAAAAAAAUAUUCUUCAGUAGCUUGAGUCUUCAUGCCAGCAAAUUAAUGGACAAGGUUGAACUCCCACCACCUGAUCUUGGACCAAGUUCUGCAUUAAAUCAGACACUCAUGUUGUUGCGUGAAGUUUUGGCAUCUCACGAUUCUUCAGUUGUACCGUUAGAUGCCCGUCAGGCCGAUUUUGUGCAGGUUUUAUCAUGUGUCUUGGAUCCUUUCCUCCAGAUGUGUACUGUAUCAGCCAGCAAUUUAGGCACAGCUGACAUGGCCACCUUCAUGGUCAAUUCACUAUAUAUGAUGAAGACAACAUUAGCUCUGUUUGAAUUCACCGACAGACGUCUGGAAAUGCUACAGUUCCAGAUUGAAGCACAUUUGGACACACUUAUAAAUGAGCAAGCUUCUUAUGUUUUAACUAGAGCAGGCGUGAGUUAUAUCUAUAACACCAUACAGCAACAUAAACCCGAACAGGGCCCUUUAGCUAAUUUUCCCAACCUAGAUUCUGUGGCACUGAAGGCUGCAAUGGUUCAGUUUGAUCGCUAUCUGUCAGCCCCAGACAACCUGUUAAUGCCACAGCUGAACUUUCUUCUAAGUGCCACAGUGAAAGAGCAGAUCAUAAAACAGUCUACAGAAUUAGUCUGCAGAGCCUAUGGUGAAGUGCAUGCAGCUGUGAUGAGUCCAGUCAAUGAAUACAAAGACCCAGAGAGCAUUCUACACCGAUCGCCGCAGCAAGUGCAGACACUUCUCUCCUGAUUAUCUUAGAAUGUGUUAGCAAAAUAUUGCAUUCCUAAAACACUGAAGGUUUUCUUGGUUUUUAGUCUGUUAAUCUUUACUUUGAAAUUUGAUGGUUACAGUUUUCUUUGUAUCAUAAGAAUGCAGCUCCCAAUAAUUGCUUUGCUUUGGUCACAGUAAAGUGAAAGUAAGUAACACGUGUUGACCUGAGUUGGCAUUGCUCUGUGUCUGCACUCCACGUCUCUCCAGCUCUGCAGUUCCCCUCAAUUCUGGAAUAUAAAUAUGUGGGAAAAGAGUAGUAUGAGAGGUUUGAGGGAUUUUUCUUUUUUACAACAUUAGUUCUAAAUUAACUGUACAUUAAAAAAUUAUCUAAACUUAGGAAUUAGUUUGAAGAUAGGACCUAAUAAAUAUCUCUUAAAGAUUCAUUUGCUUUUCUGCUAGAUAUUGUGAGUAGGUAUACUUAAACUGAGGAGCAGAAAUGUACAUUCAGCAAAAAUAGGAAAAGAGAGAAGUAAUUUAAAGGUGACUUCUACUCUGUGUCCGCCCCAGGCUGAAUUCAAGGUGAAGUUUGGCACUUCAUAUGGGGUGCAGGCAUCCUGUGCUGGGUGUAAACCUAGUGUUUAAGAAAGAAUAUUUGUGCUACAAUGUGGACUCUAACUUCAACCAUCUACACACUUUGGUGUUCAAACCAAAGAAAUAAGGUAUACUCUAACCCUGCAGGAAAAAUGCCAGAGUAGCGAUUGCUAAUUGCCGUUAUGUCUAGCCUUAUGGUGGCCCCUUGUUUGGGCUCUGACUUUAAAACCGUACCAAGAGUAAGAUUCAAAAUCACUGUUUUUGUUUUUGGUUUUUAAAAAAAAAAAAAAAAAUCUAAAUGUGUUUGAUGUGACUUGACUUUGACUUUGUUGGUAAGAUUUUGAGGACAGAUUUUUAUCAGCAAAAUAUCUUAAUUUCUGGGCUUCCCUGGUGGCGCAGUGGUUGAGAGUCCGCCUGCCGAUGCAGGGGACACGGGUUCGUGCCCCGGUCCAGGAAGAUCCCACAUGCCGCGGAGCGGCUGGGCCCGUGGGCCAUGGCCGCUGAGCCUGCGCGUCCGGAGCCUGUGCUCCGCAACGGGGGAGGCCACAACAGUGAGAGGCCCGUGUACCGCAAACAAACAAACAAAAAUCAUAAUUUCUGGUAAAUCCAUAAAAAGAGCUAAGUCUCUAAAUUAUAUGUGAGAAAAUGCGGCAUAAGGAAAAAAUUGACUAGGUUAAAAUAUUUUGAAAAGUAGUAAGAUAAAAUUACUAUUUAUAUAGCAAAUACAGAAUAUAUAACAAAUUAGUAUUUACAGAACACGGCGUGUUCGUCUAUCUGAAAUAUGAUUUUUUUGGAGCAAGAGUGAUUGAUUAUAUAUCAUCUCUUUUGGUAUUUAAUCUGUAUUUUUAGUCUUUUUCCUUCAAUGAGUAUAUGUGAUAUAUAAAAGAUAGAAAAUAAAGUAUGAUAUAAAUCAAGAGCUUAAAUUUUAUAUAAUUUAUAUCUACUGUGAGAAAAGAUUGCUUACUUACCAUUAGUGAAUUCCUUUGAUUUCUAGGAAGAAAGUAUAUUUAGUUUUUUACUUAAUUUUUUCAAAUAAAAUAUUAAACUGUUUUAGAGCAGCAAUCAUUGCAGUGUUUUUAUACAUUGCAUCAGUGUGUUUUUAGAAAAUAUGCUAAUAGGAAAGAAAGUACAAUAUAGGGCCAAAUUGAGAUAACCAAUGGAAGAUUGAUGAGCAGAAUGUGGUAUCAGUGUGAUCUUGAAAACGUAAUUAAAAUAAAUGAUUGUAAGUGUUAAUUCAUUAGCUUAACACUGCAUUUGCUAUUUACUUCAUAGUUUGCAUCUUGAACUGUUUUGAGAUGGCGCAAGUAUAACCUUAGGUAAUGCGUGUCAGCCUUUCCUUCAGAGAGAAAAGGUAUUUGCCUGACCAAAACCCACUCUGGUUGAACGUUUCCAUUUCUUUCUUUGUGCUUGUACUUGGAACAGGUGAAUGUUAUCUGAGAAAAAUCUCACAAAUAGACUGAUUGACUUUUUAAAUUCAUGAUCACAGUCUUCAAAUGGCACUCAAUAUUGCUUUGUAGUUCUACUCUGUCUCUGGGAAACUCACCUCCCCACUUUUCAGGAUGACUUUUCCACCCUCACUUAGUUAAUGACCUUCAUAAUUCAUUGAGAAAACAGCUGGUAGGCUAAUCUCCUGCAUUUUUCUACCCUCAUAUAUUGCACUCAUCUUCAUCUUUCCUCCUUUUGUGUUGGAGACAGUGUCCCUCCUCCUGUGACAGGCUGUUCCCUUCCUCUGAACUCUGGCUUCCAUUCUCUCACCUUCUCAGAGAUGUUUCUGAGUUAUCCCUCUCUUUUGCUUCAGCAACUUGUGACUUCUCUGUAGGAUUAUUCUCGACAGCAUACACAGUGCUCUAGUGUUGAUAGUAUUUUUUAAAACUUUCCACCUCCCAGAUCCUCACACCUCCAUUUCUCUGCUGCUUUUUUUUAAUGAUCGUCUAUGCAUGCUGUCUUAAAUUUCUGCUGCCAUUAUGUCUUAAAUUAGCCCCAUAUGGCUUCAGCAUCACCACUACAACACAACCCUGAUGAGAUCUCCAUAGUAUCAUAUGUUGUCAAAUCCAAUGGAUUCUUCUCAUUCCUUAUUUUAUUAAACUUUCAAUAGCAUUCCACACACUUAUGUCUGAAAUACUAUACUUCCUAGGCUUUCACAGCACAACUUUCUGCUAGUUUUCCUUCCACUUCAUUAGCCAAACCCCUCUCAACCUCCUUCCCUGGUUCUUUUGCCUCUUUGUGACCUUUAAAAGUUCGCAUACUCUAGGGCUUGAUCCUCAAAUUUUUUUCCUUGCCUUAGGAGUUUUUUAUUAUCUCACUAUAGCCUGACCUUUUCUGACUGCUAUUAGCUCACGUCCUUAGGUCUAUCCAUAUAGUGGAAUACUCUACAGUAGUGAAAAAUGAAGUAAUUUCCAAAUACAUAAUGUUGAACAAAAAAAAGAAAUUACAGAAUAAUAUAGUAUGAGUCCAUUUAUAGAAUUAAAAAAAAAGAUAAAACAAAUUUAUACAUUAUUCAUGGAUACACAUGUGGUAAAGCUAGAAGGAAAGAUAGGAAAUGAUGCGGAAUUCAAGAUUAUCUCACAGGAUCUUUAGAAGUUACUAAUGUUCUGUUCUUACAAUGGAGUGUUGGUAUAUGUAUAUUCAUUUUGUUAUUUUCUAAAAUUUACAUAUAUGUGACGUGAACUCUUGUCUAUAUAUUCCACAAUUUUAAAAAGAGUUUAAAAAAAUUGUUUAACACAGGGCCUGGGGUAAAGUUAGAACUCAGUAUGUGUUAGCUAAUAUUUUUCAUUGUGCUUGUUAUUAAACACAUUUAUUAAGUAC